CGUUUAUUUGGCGCUGAGCGCAACCGCUGUCAGUCAGUCGAGCUCUUCCAAAGGGCGGUUUAUUUAUCUGAUAAAGUCGCUUUCUCUCGCAGUGAAUGGACUGGCCACCAAAAUGCGUUGCUAAUGAAUGUGUUUCUGCAAUAUGAAGAAUGGAAGACGAUGUGACGAUCAGAGAGCAGAAUUUCCACAGCCAAGUGCGCGAGUACAUCGUCUGCUUCCUCUUGUUUGCAGUACUGUACAUUGUGUCGUACUGCAUCAUCUCACAGUACAAGAGGAAAAGUGAUGACCAGGAAGAUGAGGAUGCCAUUGUCAACAGAAUAUCUAUGUACCUGUGUACAUUUACACUGGCGGUGUCUGGAGGUGCUGUCCUCCUUUUACCAUUCUCUAUAAUCAGCAAUGAGAUCCUGCUUUCUCUUCCAAAAAACUACUAUAUACAAUGGCUCAACGGAUCUCUCAUACAUGGCCUGUGGAACCUGGUCUCCCUCUUCUCAAAUCUCAGUCUUUUUGUGCUGAUGCCUUUUGCCUACUUCUUCCUGGAGUCCGAAGGCUUUGCUGGUUCCAAAAAGGGCAUAAAGGCUCGAGUGCUGGAGACGUUUGUCAUGCUCUUUCUGCUGGGUCUCCUCAUCCUGGGCAUCGUAUGGGUGGCGUCUGCUCUCAUUGACAAUGAUGCUGCCAGCAUGGAGUCACUUUACGAUUUAUGGGAGUUUUAUCUGCCGUACCUCUACUCCUGCAUCUCUCUGAUGGGUGGCCUCUUGCUGCUCAUGUGUACUCCAGUGGGACUGUCACGCAUGUUCACAGUGAUGGGCCAGUUACUAGUCAAACCCACUAUUUUAGAGGAUCUGGAUGAGCAGAUUUAUUGCAUACAGCUGCAGGAAGAGGCCUUGGAGCGAAGACUCAAUGGUACGACGUCAAACUCCUAUCUCCAUGGAAACUCUCAGCACCAUCUCCACAAAGAGCUGGACAGCGUUCGCAAUCAGAGACACAAACUCGAAAGGAGAAAGAAGGCCUCAGCCUGGGAAAAGAACCUCCUUUACCCCAUAGUGAUGCUGAUCCUGCUUGCUGGAACAACGAUUUCUGUUCUCCUGGUUGCCCUGAACAUUGUGUACCUGCUUGUUGAUGAGACAGCCAUGCCAAAGGGUUCAACGGAGAGAGACAUUGGCAAUGCUUCUUUAUCCACAUUUGGAGUUGCCCAGGCGGUUGUUGAAAUCAUCCUCAUGUUUUAUCUGCUUGUCUCCUCUGUGGUUGGUUUCUACAGUCUUCGUAUCUUUCAGGAACUCACUCCCAGAAAGGACGACACCAACAUGACAACGAUCAUUGGUUGCUGUGUUUCCAUACUAGUGCUGAGCUCAGCUCUGCCUGUGAUGUCCCGAACACUCGGAAUAACAAGGUUUGAUCUCCUGGGUGAUUUUGGACGAUUUAACUGGCUUGGGAAUUUUUACAUCGUACUUUCGUACAAUCUUCUGUUUGCUGUGGUGACCACAUUGUGUCUGGUCCGAAAAUUCACAUCUGCUGUGCGAGAAGAACUUCUCAAAGCCCUCGGUCUGGAUAAAUUGAAUCUGUCAACCAGCACGACGGAUGCAGAGUCAGGGAAACAUGUCGUCAACGGACAUCAGAAAACUCUGUGAGGGGAAACGAAUCAUCCAGAUAUUCUGAAGCAAACAUGUGUAUGUGAAUACAGUUGGCUUUUUCAUUUUGAAAUCCAGUCAUGAAGCAUUAAAUAUUAAAUGGACAAUAAUUAGAGAAAGAAGUGUUUAGACUCGCUUAGAGUCGCCUGAUGUGAAUAUACCCAUCUCCUCAUCCAAGCAGUCAUAUCUCUACUGUAUAUACCACUGUCCAUCAUUCAUCACUUGACUUUAGUUAGCUUGGAAAUACUUUCACAUUAUGAGGUAAGACAAUGUUUUUUCUUACUGACCUGCACACCUAAAUGCCUCUAGACUGCACCCUUCAAUGGGAACUACUGGUAUCAUUAUUCUUCACAAUAAGCAUUAUCAUAUAUAAUUUUCUCUAGUUUGGGAAAUAUUAAGCUGUUGGCCAAGCUGAUCAUUUUAUGUGCAAUGAAGUAUGCAGUAGUCUCAAUUAGGGCAUAUAAUCUUUCUCCAAAAUAUUUUUGUUGACAUUUUGUGCCCUCUUUAAUCAGUAUUUACUCGUUAUGUGAAACACAUUUAGGCCAUAAGGGCCUAAAAUAAUACAUAAAAAAAACUGGAGACAUCUUUAAUAAAUGUGAUGUCAAAAACCAAACCAAAAUUGUAAUCUAGAAAAGGGAUUUUUUGCAGUGAAACGUGAUGUAUGUAAACUCAAGUUAAGUUACAAAUGUUCAAUUGCCAAAUUGACCAAAUGAGACUCAAAACAAAACAUCUUCAAGAUAAAAUGACCUGUAAAUAUUUCAAAUAUUCCGAUCCAUAGCCAUCGAAUUUCAUGCUUGAAUUUCCAAGUGUAAAAUACGUUUUAUAUCUGGAAACUUGUCUGCCAUUGAAUAUGUUUACAUUGUUACAAUGAAGAGAAUUCUUAUUUCGAAGUUGGUCAGUUACAAAAACGAGGAAGUAUUAUGAUUUGAUUCUCCUCAUGCUUUACUGUGACAGUUCAGGUUUGUUGGAUGUGACAGAAUUAAGUAAUGGGACUUGACAUGGAAACUCCCCAAACAUGUGCCUUACUCACAAUAUUGGCAUAUUCUGGGCAGCAUUGGGAUGUUAUUAACCGUAGUGGCGCCUACCUGCCAAAUGUCAUGGGUAGGCAAGGUUCAAAUGCUUAAUAUGUUAUAGUGUUUACUUGAAUUGGUUAUGGCAGAUUGUCAUUGUUGUUAAUAUCACCUCACAUGUUUUAAACACAUUUAAUGGAUUGUAGAGUUCUGUAGUGAAAUAGUUUAGUAAAGUCCACUUAAUAUUCGGGAAAAGGUGAGGCACAAUCCUGGGAUAAGCUUCCUGUUCCUGUUCUUAAAUCUGCUGCUACUUCCUCCACAACCUUUUGAUACUAUGCUACGUGUACUACGCAAACCUGGUUUUUCCCCUCAGUGGGAGAGCAGAUAACCAGUAACGUACAUCCUUAACCCUUGGUUAUUGCUGCAGAGCUUGUUUGCCUUAUUUCAGCCUUCAAAUAUCUAGUCUGUACCUCUAAGGAGAUUACUAUAUCCACAAACAUAGAUAUUUGUAUGUUUUCCACUCAAAGUCAGGCUAUUGAAUUACUGGUGUACGCAGAUCAGAGGCUAAAUCUGCUUUAUGUAGGAACUUGUGUGUCGAGCCACAUGGGUUCCAGUUUACACCUAUUAAAGCUGAAUGUGAAGUCAGCUGUCAUUACGCAUGUAGAAAGCAGCAUGACUCGUUAUUAAACGGGUCUCAUUCGUCACUAGUAAUGUCUCUUUUUACUUUUCAUACUUCCAAAUAUUACAUUGUUUAAUGUACAAUAUAGUUUCCAAACAUUCCCAUCCUGAAGACAACUCCAACACCAAGAAAAAGAAACUUAGAAAACCGUUUAGGUCAUUCCUGACAUUUCUCUCUCUGAGUUUUAAUGUAAAGCUAUUUAGGAUUCCUCCGUUUGGUCUUUAACUACAGCAAGCCUCAUGGUAAUGUAAAUGAUGUAUAUACAAUAUAUUUGCUCUUUUUAUUUUUGUAGGAUGUAGAUAUGAAACAGGCUUUUGAGCCUCGUUCAUACUAUGUCGUUUUGUCGUCUCUCAGCAUUUGUUUAUUGUAAAACAACACAAAAACAAACAAAAAAAAAAUCACCUGUUGCCUUAAAUAGGCUUAUUUUGGGGCUUUGUUCUCCUGUUGUCCGCUAUUGAGGAGACGAGCUGUGCAUGUGAUGUGUGAGACGUGCAAAUGAGUGAAAGAGUGAUUGUUAGUGCGUGUUCCUUUUUAUUGACUGAUUCACUGUGAAUCCCUCGUGUGAUUGUCUGUGAUAUGGCAAACCAAAACGACAGGGCGCAUCUUUUAGAAUCAACUGGCCAAAGGCAACAGAAAAUAUCAGGGCACUGAUUUGGAAUAUUAAUAGGAUUCGCAUGAGGGACGCUGAAUUAAAAGGUAAUUUAAAAAUUGACACCUCAGUGGGUUCUGUGGUUCAAUCCGAUGUGUUAUUUGCUGUUUUUAUUGUCAUGAGUUUAACAAAGUCAAAUGUAAAAGAGAAGUUCUUCCUGUUGAUUUGCACAGAAUAUUUUGUAUGAGAAUGUUUGGGAAAUAAGUGUCAUGUCAGUCAUUUUGUCAUUGAAGUAAACUUUUUUGUUUUUAAAUGUUGUUUUUUCUGUUUGUGUGUGUAUAAGUGUAUCGAACUUGUAACGCCAGAAAAUUUUGUGUCAUUACCUAUUUAUCAAUACUGUCUGUGGACGAAAUGAAAAGAUGCUAGUGUUUGGCUUUAAUCAAAUCGGGGUUUUUUUUGUUGUCGUUUUUUUGAGGGAUGUUGCAGGGCCAGGCUUCACACCUGGUUCUUCUUUAUGCAGCAUGGGGACUGGAGUGUCAGUUGGUGUUUUGGGGUUACUCAAAAUAGAGGCAUUUGCGCUGAUGUUCUAGAAUUAACUGUGAAAGAAAAAGAAGCCUAGUCAUUCCACGUUCUGUUUUCUGCUUCAGGGGUUCAUCUCUCUUUGACUUGGUGUGCACGACACCAAGAAGAGCUGUUUUUAGAAGAUCUACAGAAAUGUACUUUCAGUUCUUCUGUCUGUUUAUCGGUGACGAACUAAAGUUGUCUGUCCAGACACCAAAACAGUGUCUGUUCAUCCGCUUCUCUUCUUCAGCUCUAAGAGAAAGCUUAAUUCUGUGUCCAGUGUGUUGUCUGUUUGAUUCUUCUACAUGUGUGAAUGUACUUUCAGAAUGUUCUCUCUUCCAUUUGUAGUAUACUUGCAUAUGUUUUGUGAAGAAAAACAGUUCAGAUUCUCUUUUGUUUAUUUUGUAAUUCACUUCAGUUUACAAUAAAGUUUGUGACUUUUGACAGAUUU